AUGAUCCAUGCCGAGAUAUUCGAUGUGGCUACAACUCACACUGCAGCAACGGUCGGUGCGAAUGUGAUAAAGGCUACAGCGGAGAUGCGCACCGUGAAUGUCUGUGGGCAGGAGAGUGAAAAUGUGUGCAGUCUACCCACGGAAGUUGGUCCCUGUGCUGCAGCCAUCCAGCGGUAUACUUAUAAUCGCUCCACUGGUCGUUGCGAGGCAUUCUACUACGGCGGUUGCGGGGGCAAUACCAACAAUUUCAAGACGUUGGAGGAGUGUCAGCAACGUUGCGAGUCAUCCUAUCAUCAAGGUGAGCCUUCAUCAGGUAAUAUCCCUGCCAAGAUGUACGAUGCGGCACAAACGCCUAUUGCACGAAAGGACGAUGCUUCUGCCCUCAGGGCUACGAUGGGAACCCACAAAUUGAGUGUCGUCCAUCGUACGUUUGCUGCAGCAACAGCGCGUUCUACAGCAAUGGGGAGUGGGAAUGCCACGAAGGUCACAGUGAAGACCAAUGCGAAGAAUAUCACUGGCCAGAAGGUCCAGACUAUCGUUGACCUAUUUCGCAAAAUUGCGCUUAUUUCUAUCAGAGCGAAGACGUGUGUAGUCUACCGACGGAAGUUGGCUCUUGUGCUGAGUCUCUUCAACGCUAUACCUAUAAUCGUUCCACCGGCCGCUGUGAGGCUUUUUACUACAGUGGCUGCCACGGCAACGCAAAUAACUUUGAGAACCUAA